AAAGUGAGGAGUCUCUCAGGGCGGAACGUUUCUCCGAAGGAGCAGCGGUUACGUGGCUUCCCCGGACCGCUUUAGAAGUGACACGUGCUGGGCAAGAUGGCGGCGACCAUGGUGGGCUCACGUGGGGAAGCAGACGCUGCCGGCGCUGAAGUGGAGGAAGGCGAUAGUGGCUCCGAGUGGAGCUCAGGCCUUCCCGAGGACAGCUUCUCCUCGGGUGGAGAAGAGUUAGAAGGUGAUGAUGAGGAUAAUCCUACAACCCUGGACAGCAAAGAUGAAAAUGCAGCAGAGUCCAAAGAUCCAGGCAAUGCUGGCUGGGCUGAUGCUAUGGCCAGAGUGCUUAAUAAAAAGGUCCCCAAGGAUAAACCCACCAUCUUGGUUAAAAACAAGAAAUUGGAUAAGGAACAAGAGAAGGAAAAACAAGAAAGGCUGGAGAAGAGGAAACAGCUUGAUAAAAAGCGGGAGUGGGAAAUGAUGUGCAGAGUGAAGCCAGAUGUUGCCAAAGACAGAGAAACGGAGAGAAACCUUCAGAGAAUUGCCACGAGGGGAGUUGUCCAGUUGUUUAAUGCUGUCCGGACACACCAGAGAAACGUUGACGAGAAGGUGAAAGAGGCGGGGCAUUCUGACAGAAAACGGGCUAAAUUGGUAUCAUCUGUUUCAAAGAGAGACUUUAUCAAUGUACUAAGAGGAAUGGGAGGAAGAGAAGUGGAGCAAAAGGCUGCCAAGAAGUCCUUGAAAAGCAAACAGGGCGGAUCUAAAUCCGAAGAGGGGCCAGCAUGGAGUAUAUUGCGAGAUGACUUCAUGAUGGGAGCCUCGAUGAAAGAUUGGGAUAAAGAGAGUGAUGGGGGAAACAAUGCUGGACAGGACAGCGGUAAUGACUCUGACCGAUGACAUCAUAAGUGAUGCCAAAAUCUCAUUUGUCAAAUAUGGUGGGCUUUUCGUCCACGCAAGGAUGCCUUUUUCUACAAAAGCAGAAACUCCCCGCAAAAGUUGAAUGAAAAAGCUAUUUUAAUAAAGCAUUGUCUAACAGGCCUGAAAUCCUGCGGUAUUUCCUCACUAAAUGUGUCUAAUUUUCUUACAUAUUUCCAAAACAUUUUGUACAGUCAAAACAGUGGCACCUGCCCAGUCGGAAAAGUGAGGAUUUUGCCAAGGUCGUUAAGAGUUUAAAUAUUGAUUAACAUUGAUGUAUUAUCGUGUUCUCCUUUCCACCUUGAUGGUUGUAAUUUGGCUAGGUGUUUAUCAGUUCAUAAAAUAAACAUCACAAUACCUUACCAUGUAAAAUUAUCCGUCUCAUAUGGAGACUUGACCUUUCUUGGCUUAGAAAGAUUUUGUAAGUAAUAAAGUAACUAUUAAUGUGAUAAUUUUCGUGUCUGAGUGUUGAUGUGAUUGGAGACGACCAUGGAAACUUAAUUUUAAAGCAGGGAGGAAAAGCCAGGAAACGUAGCUGCACGAUGUCAUCUCCUCUUUGGGUGUGCAUGUUAGUAAGAGGGCUUUGAAUUUUCUUAACAUAAAGAGUUGAAAUUUUGAGAUACUAAGAGAAGAAUACAAAGAUUUGCUUUGUAUUCCAUGCACCUAAGGAGGAUUUAGGCUUUUCUGUGUACGAUGCAUCCUUUUUGAAACCGUUUCAAAAGCAGUUUGAUAUGGAACCGAGGGACUGCUGUUUCAAAUGGAGAAAAAAUGUUUUAAAAGACCCCUGGACCUACAGUGGCUCUUCUGAAUAGUGGUCAAGAUAAUUGUCACAUGCAGGAAGGAAUGGGGCUGUGGACUGAGCCAAUGUUGCAGUGUUGAUUUAAAAAUAGGCCAUUUUUAAAAAGAAACUUGUUCACCAUCAUCCAUAGCUGCCGAUUAUGUUUCCAGGAAAAGUACAAAGUGCUGGUUAUUAUCUUUAAAGCCCUAAAUGGCUUAGGUUACCUGAGAAUGUCUCUCUCUACAGAAUACAGCUGUUCCCCACAGCUCAUUGAAAUCACCAGGAGGAGUCCAUCUUUGGGUGCCACUAGUUCAUCUGGUGGUGCCCUGGGAUAGAGCCUUCUCUGUUGUCACCCUUAGACUGUGGAACAUGCUCCCCGUGGAUAUGAGGGGAUUAUCUUCCUUGGAGGCCUUCAGGAGAGCCUUAAAAACCCAUCCCCUUAGCCUGGCUUUUUAUGAUAGUUAGUUUUAAUGUUACUUUUAAUCCAUUUUUUUUUAAUGCAACCUGCCCUGAGCCACUUUAGGAAUAUAAAUCGAAUAAGAUAAAUAAAUAAUAAAAUCCAAUAAUUUAGAUGAUGAUGGUUACAUUGCCAUAUAUGCUGAAUACCCCGGUUGGGAGUUUUGGGUGGACUGUGUGGUUCUCCUACUGUAAAUUAUUUGCAACUGGACUCCAUGUCCAGGUGCUCCACCUGUAGAAAACAGCCUUUGCCUCUUCACUUCCUAAUGCCAGUAUGGCUUACUCUAAUAAACGCGAUUGCUUUGAAUUCGAUGGAGAGACACCAGCUAUACCUACUAAAAUCUGUGUUUGAUGUUGUUAAUGCUUGUAGAGGUGGGGUUAAUCUUCUUUGCGUGCAGGGUACCCAAGGAAUAUAAUACUUUGCAUCUGGAUGGAAGAGUAAAUUGCCAGGCGCUGCAGUGUACUUCUGUAGCCGAUGCAAAUUCCCCCCCCCUUUUUAAUUUGUGUGUUAUACUUAUAACUGAGGGCUUAAGGCAAGUUUCAACAGUUCUUACAAGCAAAAGAUUAAACAGAAGCAGCUGAAAUAUAAAACAUCAGAGCACAAACCCACACAAUGUCAAUACCAGGAUCCCAGAUUCCAAGCUCGCCAUGAGCACCCCAGGGCAGCCCAAUUGCAGGCUUGCAGCUCUUCUUCAAGAUGCGUCUGCUUGGAGUCUGUAAGGAAGAGGCACGGGAAGGAGAGAGCCACUCCUCUGCAUCCUUCCUUCAUGGAUUUGGUUCAUGGAUGGCCUAGUCAAAAGGGCACACUGUGAUUGGGAGAGGUCAAGAAGGCAGUGGUCUCCUAGCAUUGGUCAGUGGUAGAGGAAACGACUACCAGUUCUGCUCUUGUGAGGUCAUUCAUACGAGCCAAAACGGUGUUCUACUCGGGUUUGGGAGCUGUGUGUGCUCCCAGUUUCCAGUUGUAUGGAAACAAGGUAGGAGGAAGAUCUGGGUAGAAUGAUUGUGUGGAAGCAAAGUAGGAGGAAAAGCAGGUUUCCCUCCUACCUUGCUUCCAUACAACCACUUCUACCCAGGUUUCCCUCCUACCUUGUUUCCACACAACUGGGAAAUGGGAGCAUGCACAGCUCUCAAACCUGAGUAGAACACAGUUUUGGCUCGUGUGAAUGACCUCAGUAUGUAGUGGGAAUAGGCAGUGCACUAAAGAUUAUUCGGUUUUUGAACUUGCAAGCUGCAUGGAAAAGGGUUUUAGGGUUUUGUAUUUUCACCUUCCCAUAAAGCAGAAACCUGUAGGUCUCUUGGGUCUAUGAAUCUCUGAGGUCAUUCACACAAUCCAAGACUGCGUUCUACCCAGGUUUGGGAGCUGUAUUGGUUCCCAAUUUCUGGUUGUGAGGAAGCAAGGUAGGAGGAAAAACUACCCAGGUUUUCCUCCUACCUUGCUUCCACAUAACUGAAAAUUGGGAGCAACACAGUUCCCAAACCCAGGUAGAACACAGUGAAGCUGUUCUCACGCACAGGCAAAACCAGGCUAACAGAACCAAGCAUGGUUUUGCCUGUGUGUGAGAACUGCUAGGAUUGUGCCUGAACCCACCUCUUUAACAGGGUUAAGAAAAUGAGCGCCCUUUUAACCCUGUAUUUCUGAUCAUUGGCAAACUGCGGGGCUCUCGGCUGGCUUCGGGGAGGGAGAUCACCACAUCUUCCUGUGUUGCCUGCAGAAAUCCGUAAUUUGAAUUCUCUAUUAGCCUUCAGGAGAGCCCUUAAAACAUAUGUUUGGUCUGGCUUUCCAGGGUUUUUAAAUCGGUUUUAACAUUUUAACCCGGUUUCAGGGUUUUUAAUUACUGUAACUGUUUAAUUAUUGUUUUAAAAUGUUUUUAAAUUGUUAAUUGUUGUUAUAUUGUUUUGUUUUAGCUCUCUACUGUUUUAAUUGUUUGUUUUAAUUGUAAACCGCCCUGAGCCAUUUUGGAAGGGCAGUAUAAAAAAUCAAAUAAAUAAAUAAAUUAAAUAAACAAAUCACUGUG